AAAUACAUCGUAUUUUUCUCGGAUUCUGAACAACUCUUUGAUACGGUCACGUCGACGACGAAUACGAAAUAUCGUUAAGAAAUAAAUUGAUCAUUCCGUACAAUCGAACGUACGAUUUGGCCGCGAUAAUUUUGAGUCAAAAAAAUGGACUUUAUUACGACGUCUCGAGACUAGUCAUACUAAAAGGAACAACAUCGUCUCGAGUUUAGUUCUGUGUUAAUAAAUAUUUGACAGCAGGAGGGAUCAAAGUAUGUACGAUAAGAGAAUGUGCUGGCGUUUUGUGUGUAUAGAAAUUUCUUAAUGAGACGUCCUGCUUCAUUCAAAUAUUUGCCAGAUCAUCGGUGCAUAGAGAGAGACUUAUAGCUUACUAUAUGCAGUAUUUACAUUCGUACGAGCAGCUGUCAAUAGACAGUCGGGAAGGUGUCAUGAAAUAUGUCAAAAAAUAUGCUGCACGCAAUCACCCGUGAUGUUCGGCUGACGCAAGAUGUGUCAGAAAAUCUUAUUAAAAAUAUCGGAAGCUCGGUAGGAAUUUUGACAGUGAUCGUGCGAAGAGGCAAUCAGCGUACAAUAGAAUUAACGAAAGCCUACGACGUAUGACAGGCGAUACAUCCUCCAUAAUUUUCUUCUCGAUUUUACCCAAUGAACGAUCCGACCUCAGGAUCAAUCGAAAUUAAACGGACGAUAUCGCGAAAUUUAACUGAAAAUUAUAUUGGACUUUGCGCAGUCGAAGUACUUAAUUAGACGGAACACGAGAAUUAACAUAUGCCUGUUACGAAAGGACAAAUAUACAUAUAUUUUUCUGUUUCUUUUUCAAUAAGAUCGUCCGUUAACUGCGUCCGAUUUUAAUGCUAUAUUGUCGAUACGAUUACGAGAUUAUUUUGGGAAUGCGAAGCGGAUGUUUCAUUCUUUUGACAUUGAAUUCUACCAAUCCAAGCAUUCAUGUAAGAUCGCUCUCCUCGUUGUACCAUAAAUAGACAUGAUUUUUUUUCUCGGUUAUUUAUCACACAACGAGACCUAUUUCUUUCCGGUGGGGAAAGAUCGUUUCACAAAGUAAUUAAGGCUCAUUCUCCCCGAAUAUCACGGGAUGAUUUGCAAAUCUUUAAUUUCAUAAUGUUUCACAAAUAUAUAAAAUUAAUACAACUCGGUGCAUUUCUGUUUCGCAAUAGAUCUGAUUUAUCGGGAAGGUGGAAAUGUUGAGAAGAUAAGAGCGCAUAACGAAAACACUGUUUUCGAACGAAAUUAGUAUAUUUUUCGCCCGUGUCGUGUACACAUCAUACGUGCUCGCGAUCUCCAUCAUAAUCUGGUCUUGAUUCACGUUUACGUUUUCUGAUUCCUUCUACUAAACAUUUCGUUAUAAUGGAGGUGAAUAGUACAACACAAAAAGAUAUCAAGUACUUACGUGUAAUCUUCGAAUCACCUAGAAUUAUUAAUUGCGGAAUUUAUUGACAGAUUGAUCAUCGAUCCUUUUUAUCAGGAUAUUUUGUGUAGAAGCAUAAUGUAUUUUUUACUACGUCAUUAUGCUCAUCUUUUAUCCAAUUAAAAAAUGAUGUAUUACUUACUUAGACGUGAUAAUCUUUAAACUAAUUUUCUAUCAAGAAAGUGUACAAAGCAUUUGCGAUAAAAAUUUUGUUAAUCAGUUCUUAAGAAAUUAUCGACAGUUUCCUCAUAUCUAUUUUUUACGUUAUUUCUGAUAUACGUAAUAGGUUUUAUUAUACUGCUAUUAACUAUGAAUAUACAGGAACCACGUGAACUAAGAGAACCAGCCCACCAUGCAAGAAGACCAAUGAACGCCUUUUUAAUUUUCUGCAAAAGACAUCGUGGUUCAGUGCGGUCUGGUUUCCCACAUUUAGAAAAUCGAGCUGUAACCAGGGUACUUGGAGAAUGGUGGGCCACCCUUCAUCCAGAUCAAAAACGUUCAUACACAAAUCUAGCACAGGAGUACAAAGAUGCAUUCUUAAAUGCAAAUCCUGAUUUUAAAUGGUACAAAUUACCAGCGCCUCCUCUACGUACUUUGAACACUAGGCCUACAAACAAAAAGGCAGAAACAAAUGCUAAUGAGCAACUGAUAGAAAAUGUAAAAACUGAGAACAAGUCUUCCGAUUACACGAAAUGCGACAAGCGAGAUGGACAAUCAAUUCAACCAGGCAAACUAGCUGACGAAUCCCAAAUUGGUGGCCUCAGUUCUUUAUUUACUCCUCAAAAAGCGCAGACUGCGGAUGAACAAGAGACUGUCGAUGUUUCUGUGAUGGAAAAUGAUUGUGAAGUUCCAAAACCUCCUAAGAAAAGAUAUUUAGAUGUAUCUUAUUCGCCUGAACACAAGAGAGAUUGUAAAGCUGAUUUAUUUGAUGUAAAAAAGAGAAUUAAAACUGAAUCAAACAAUAAUGUAGAUCAAUAUGAUGCCGAAGACGAUAAAACAGAACUAAAUAAUUUUUUAACCGCAAAUAUGCCUUCAGAAGAAAAUAACUUUAGAAGUGAGCGGACGUGCAAAGGUCUACGUUAUCAAAAGUUCCUGGCUGAACAAAUGAAAAAUAUUGGAGCAUCAGGACAGCAACCUAAACGGAAAAGGCAAACUGGAAGUCGUAGCACUGAUGGUCAGGCAAAUGAAAGAAGGAAUUCUAUUUCUUCGAACGUCAGUGAAAAAACAGAUUCCUUAAGUAGCGAAGGUGGAAAUAGUUCUCGUGGUGAAUUGGAACAUCUUGUUGAAGGUGCCGAAGGAAAUAUAGAGGCAUCAAAACCGGAGGAGACAGAAACCGAGGGUGCAGAAGGGCAAACGGAUUUUGGACCUUGGACUGCGAGAAAAAGGUUUCGAGCUGAGGAUUUUAAUUUAGAAAAGAAAAUUGAAGCGUUACCAUCCUUAAGUUUAGAAGAAUUUCAGGAAAAGAAGAAACAACAACGUACGAAAAAGAAAAAAAUGUUACAGAAAAUAACUUCAGGUUCGAAUAAUAAAAAGCAUCAGUGCAAUCUCAAUGCGAAUGGUCAAGUGAAUAGUCAAUACAAUCGAAUAACACCUCAAGCGGAAAAUCCCGAAGAUGCUGAGAAACUUUUAGUUGGAAGCCAAAAACGAAAAGCACGAAAACAGAGCAUCACCCGCAAUGCGGCAGCAACGAAUGAUGCAAAACAAACUGGAAUGGAGGAAUCUAACAAACCGUGGUGUGCGUCACCGGAUUUAGAAGCACUGGCAUGUCUUGCAACGGUUGCCGCCAACAGAACAAAACUUACCAAAAAUAAUGUAUAAGAGAUAUAUUUUUCGAUAUUUAGCAGUCGCACGCGUCUCAUAUUAAGUAAACCAAAAUUAUAUUUCUUUAUUUCUUAACGCAAUUUUCUAUUAGCUGAAUUAUGAAAAAUGCUUUGAUUGCUGU